AUGACACGCUCUAUUUGGGACGAGUUUUACCAGCAGCCUACACUCGCAGUCUCCACUGAGAAAUAUACAAAGCUUCUUCACGAUUCAACAUCUCAACUUCACCAAUCCCUUGAACCCAUCUUGUCAGCUUUGGAUCGGCGUGCUUUGGCAUUCACAAAGCUUGCUAGCUUUGAAUCGGCCCUUCGCGAUGCCAAGCUUAUACAACAACUCUCGCCUUAUUCAGCACUUGGUUAUUUAUGCGAAGCCAAGAUUUACAGCGAGCAAGGAAAACAGCAUCAUGUGAUCGAUAUUUGCGGCAAGGGCCUGAGUAUGGCUGAUACCAUGGAUACGCACUAUGAUACAUUACGACGACUCAAAGAGGAUGCCGAACAACGCCAAAACGUAUGCAUUGACUUUGUUACUCAGCUGCCAUGCGACAUUGUUGUCAUGACCAUCAUCCCAAUGUUUACCGAUUAUUGGUGUUUGCAGCCAUUUACACCAUGGCCGUACUUGCAUGUAUCUAAUCAAUGGCGUGAACGUGUUAUUCAGUCGCUGGAUGGAUUACGCUUUAUGACUGAUUGUGAGGAAAUGGAAUACAUGGGAAACGAUUCGCAAAUCGCCAAAUUUUCUCGGCAUGUGAUAUCAUUGAACAUUGGACAAUUUACUAAAGGGACAUGGCUUGGUGAUCUAAUACGCAAUAAUGACUUUUGCUCAUUGCAUGAGCUAUUGAUUGAUCACUUCACAGCCGAUUGUGUGGAUCACUUGGUUUCGUCAUUCAGGUCCAUCAGCACCACUUUGACCCAUCUCCAAAUUGUACGUCCAAGUGGGGUCGUGUUACCCAUAGGCGACGUUCUGCUCAACUGCUCCAAUCUCGUGUCACUCAAAUUGUUUCUCGAGUCCGUUGAUGAUAUCAGCUCGCUUCCAAUGAUGACAUGCACCACUUUGACGACAUUAUCCAUUUACACAGAAAGGGACAUUACCUAUAAUGAGAUCAUGGCGAUUGGAAAGCGUUUGCCAUCACUCAAGAAGCUUUCACUUUCUCCAUGCAGCGACAUACAAUCAACACGUGAUAUUCUGGACUACUAUCCAUGGAUGAACAGCCUUACACUUUACAAGGAAGCUAUAGGCUUUGAAAUCACUUUGUCAGACCAAGGCCCUAUGUCUAAAGAGAAUGGGAUUACGGAUCUUGUUAUCAUGAUGACUCAUCUGGACGGUGCUUUCUGGCAGUCAAUCAAUUACGUACUAAAGCAGCAUCAAAUGACACUUGAACGCCUACAAUUCGACGUGGAACUUGGAUCAGAGCCUGAGGAUAUCUACAAUGUUGAUUAUCGUCAACUGAAAAGACUUUGCCUUGAUAACUCCGGGUGGUGGAUACCGCGACAUGCACCCAUGCUUGAAGAAUUGAAGAUAUCAGCUGAAGUGCUUACUGCCAACUCCUCUGUGCUUGAUGUGUUCCCCAACGAUCUAAAAAAGCUACAUUUGGAAAUUGCCGAUACACAUGACGCUGAUCAGAAAGCUCUCAUCGAACGAUACCUGCUCCGGUUUAUACAUCAUCCAUAUUUGAAAGAACUCGUUAUUGAUUUCACCACCGCAAACGACGUCGACAACAUGUUAAGUGCAAUUCAUCAACUAAGUCAGCUACGACACCUAAUGGUCCGCUUUCAUCAUGUUUGGGAUCCCUGCCAAAUGGAAAGGUUUAUUGGUGGGCUUCUGAAAGGCUGUCGUCAUUUAACCUGCUUUGAGAUCAACUGCAUCAAUCCGCCAUCCACCGAAUCAAUCAACGCUUUGAAACAGCUCACCCAUUUGGAGAAACUUGCAUUUUCAGUCUUUAACACCGAAGGGGAGAGCGACUUUUGGUAUGCCGUGCAAACGUUUUCGCAACUCAAAUGCAUCGAGAUCUAUCGAGAAAAGCCAGGCAACAAGGAUGAUAUUCGACAUCUCCAAGGACAACGGCCUGACUUGAGGAUUACCGGCAGCAAUGGGUAUGUUUCCUUUUGA